GAAGCAGAGGGAGAACUCCGCGCUCACUUCCGGUGUGUGGGCACAGUCGCGGAGACCGCGCAGACACCGGGAGUUGUCGGUGAGGAUGACACGCCAUGGCAAGAACUGCACGGCGGGAGCCGUCUACACCUAUCAUGAGAAGAAGAAGGACACAGCGGCCUCGGGCUAUGGGACCCAGAACAUUCGGCUGAGCCGUGACGCUGUCAAGGACUUCGACUGCUGCUGCCUGUCCCUGCAGCCCUGCCAUGACCCCGUGGUCACCCCCGAUGGCUUCCUGUACGAGCGGGAGGCGAUCCUGGAGUACAUUUUGCACCAGAAGAAGGAAAUCGCCCGGCAGAUGAAGGCCUAUGAGAAGCAGCGGGGAGCCCGGCGCGAGGAGCAGAAGGAGCUGCAGCGGGCAGCAGCCAAUGACCAGGUGCGCGGCUUCCUGGAGAAGGAGGCAGCCAUUGUCAGCCGGCCCCUGAACCCCUUCACACCCAAGGCGGCCCCUGGCUCAGAGGACGCCCAGCCCGGCUCCAGUGGUGGCCCUGCCAGCAAGGACAAGGACAAAGCGCUGCCCAGUUUCUGGAUCCCAUCACUGACCCCUGAGGCCAAGGCCACCAAGCUAGAGAAACCAUCCCGCACCGUGACCUGCCCCAUGUCAGGGAAGCCGCUGCGCAUGUCGGACCUGACACCCGUGCGCUUCACGUUGCUGGACAGCUCCGUGGACCGCGUGGGGCUCAUCACACGCUCCGAGCGCUACGUGUGCGCCGUGACCCGCGACAGCCUGAGCAAUGCCACGCCGUGCGCUGUGCUGCGGCCCUCGGGGGCUGUGGUCACUCUGGAGUGCGUGGAGAAGCUGAUUCGGAAGGAUAUGGUGGACCCUGUGAACGGGGAGAAGCUCACAGACCGGGACAUCAUCGUGCUGCAGCGGGGCGGCACGGGCUUCGCAGGCUCCGGAGUGAAGCUGCAGGCCGAGAAGUCACGGCCGGUGAUGCAGGCCUGAGUUGGAGAACGCCAAUAAAUGCGCUACCAGGCA